AUGGGCAUUAGGCCGACUGCUGCACCAAAGGCAGCACCGAAUGCAGCCCCGACUGCCGUGCCGAAGAAGUCCCCGCCUCCUGUGCCGACUGAGACACAGAAUGUUGACAAUGGACAUGCGAAGGCAGCACCUUCGGCGAAGGCUGCGACUGCAGCCACUGCAGCACCGUCAGCGAAUUACCGAAGACAUCCGAAUGCUCCUCCUGUGGACAAUGUUGGCUUGAAUGACAUUCCGAUUGAGACGACUCACCUGAUGUGUGAGUUCACGCAAAUGCACAGACUGUCUCGGAAUGGCCCGGUCAACAUGGAAGUGUUCCAUGCCUUGACGAAAAUGGACUGUGGUGCUGAGGUUAAACUGGCUGAGGCGAUCUACAAGAGAGAAUGGAGCGACGAAUGCCCCAUCCUGUCGGUGCUUCUUCCUGGCACCAGAAGUGGAGGAAUGUCUGGGUGCAGAUUUGAUCACCCAGAUGAGCACAGCAAUGGUCCAAUGUCCAGCCUGAGAUUGAGAAUGAACUCUCUGGACAUCCGCGCUGUCUCCAAUGGCAUCAAUGAGUGCAUGAUUGAGACUGGCUGGUUCGCAAUGACCAAGGCUGAGCGAAUGUUCCUCACGAAGGGGAAUUGGCAGAUCGAAUGGAAGCUCGCCCCGAAUGCCAAGGAGAACUUGGUCGCAGAUCUGGUCAAUGUGUACGACUGGAUCCUCCUCCCGAAGAGUGUCGGCGAGAACUACUAUGCGACUGGCGAGAUUGACCUUUCUCGCUUCCCCUGCCGCCAGCUGAAUGGCAGCUUCAAUGCACUGUCGGCAAUGCGAAGACUGUGCAAUGGUACUGCCAGGGAUGCUUUGAUGAGAAUGCCAUCUGCCAUCUACGAGCAAUUGGUGUUCGUAGCACUGGGGGAGCAAGAAAAUGAAGUUAACCAACUACUUCAAUCGCCAAUCACUGAUCAUAUCUCGACUCAGAAUGGCUUCCUGGUCGAGACUGAUGGCGAGAAGCAUGGAAGAUGGACCUGGACUGUCCCGACUGACAGCUCAAAGCUCAGCAUGGGGAUCAUCAGAAUGGACCCCAAUGAUGCAAUGUCUUACAUGAGGACUGGCCCUCAGCUUCUGUGCUUGUCGGAGAUGGCAGAAUGGAACCGACUGGCCACUAGGCGACAUGCUGGCCUGAUCGAAUGGCGCUUAAUGGGACGCACAACGGCAGCGAAUGCCCCGAAUGCCUGGAAUGCCCCGAGUGCAUCGACUGCGGCAAUGCACAAGAAGGCCUCCGGACUGGACAAGCCAUCCGGAAUGGCAUCCGGAAUGACGUCCUCGGGAUCAGCCACUGCAUUGGCUCAUGUUGCGAAUGCAUUGAAUCCUGGGGCAGAAGUGGUUCUCCGCGUGAAUGCGAAUGCGAAGUCUUCCACUGCCCGAUCUUUUGAGAA